AAGCCACGCAUGGGCGGGCGGAGACCAGUCACGUGGCGGGGAGCACCGCCCCCUGCGCCCCGCGCUGGCGGUGGCGGCGGCCAUGGCGGCCAAGCGGCGCACGGAGGAGAUGCGGGACCGCGUGGUGCUGGGCGAGUUCGGCGUCCGCAACGUCCACACCACCGACUUCCCCGGCAACUACUCCGGCUACGAUGACGCGUGGGACCAGCGGCGCUUCGAGCAGGCGUUCCGCGUGGACGUGAUCCGCGAGGAGGGGGACGCGCUAGAGUUCGACAUGGUGGGCAUCGACGCCGCCAUCGCCAACGCCUUCCGCCGCAUCCUGCUCGCCGAGGUGCCAACAAUGGCUGUAGAGAAAGUCUUUGUGUACAACAACACAUCCAUUGUGCAGGAUGAAAUUCUGGCUCAUCGCUUGGGCCUCAUCCCUAUACGAGCAGACCCACGACUCUUCGAAUAUAGAAACCAAGAGGCUCAUGCUGUUCUCCCCUUCCCAGGAGAUGAGGAAGGCACAGAAAUUGAUACUCUGCAGUUCCAGCUGAAAAUAAAAUGUAGCCGAAACUCUCAGGCAGCCAAGGAAUCAUCUGAUCCUAAUGAAUUAUAUUUCAAUCACAAAGUGUACAGUAAACACAUGACAUGGGUGCCCUUGGGGAAUCAGACAGACCUCUUUCCAGAUGCUGACUUUCGACCUGUUCAUGAUGACAUCCUCAUUGCACUGCUGCGACCUGGCCAGGAAAUAGAUGUGCUUAUGCACUGUGUCAAGGGUAUAGGUAAGGAUCAUGCCAAGUUUUCUCCUGUGGCCACAGCUAGUUAUCGACUGCUUCCUGACAUUACGCUCCUGCAGCCUAUUGAGGAUGAGGCAGCUGAGAUGUUGCAGAAGUGCUUUUCCCCUGGAGUCAUUGAAAUCCAGAAUAUCAAGGGAAAAAAGGUGGCAAGAGUAGCCAAUGCACGGCUGGACACGUUCAGCAGAGAAGUUUUCCGACAUGAGAGUCUGAAAAACCUUGUGCGCCUGGCAAGAGUACGGAAUCAUUACAUCUUUUCAGUGGAGUCAACGGGUAUCUUGCCUCCAGAUGUGCUGGUGAGUGAAGCCAUCAAGAUACUGAUGGGAAAGUGUCAGCGCUUCCUGAAUGAGCUGGACUCAGUACCUAUGGAGUGAGCAGGCUGGGAAGCAUAUCCCUGCACUGUUGUUCUGGGCUUCUGCCACCUGCCUGCAGGGUGAUGCCUCUUGCAAGGGCAAGAGGGGCAAGAUGGGCUUGUUAAGAGUCCUAGGACCACUUUGAAUUUGCUGUUAGUAACGAGCCUCAGUGAGGAGAUGCACUAAAAUAAAGGCUUUUCUUUA